UUUGUUCUUGGCAAACAACAGAAACAAUUGCUGCCGCUUUUUGAUAAGUGGUGUUCCUUACCGCUGCUUGUACUUCUGUUAUUUUGAUCGAUUUAAAAGCAGCAACUAUAAAACGCGGCAGCAACGUCAGUAAAGGUAAAGACAGCAACUUGAACACAGAAGCAAGAUGGUUCUUUCUCGUUGCCUGCUGAUCCUGGCUGCACUACUGCUAACGUCCUUAUCCGUCCAAGCGCAGAUCCUGCCCCGUGGGCAUUGCCGCCCCACCUUAAUCAGAGUGCAAGUGGGUGGGUCUGUCUGCAUGCGCAUCUGCUACCACCGGGACUACCGCGGACCGCCGGUCCUCUGCCGUCGCGUCGCCAAAGAGGGAGUGGUGCCCGUCUGCGGCAACGGUUGUUGCCUCAGCGGUCCCAACUGCAUGCAGCAGUUCUACACCUAAAGUCGGCUGUAAACGAUGCAAGAAAAGCAUUGAAAGAAAAGCAUUUGAGGAACAAGCACUUCACAAUCU